AUGCCGAGCUCACACAACCCCCGCGACUCACCUGCUCGUCGGGAAAGGCGGCGCAGGACUCAUCAUCGGACAGACAGCAAUGGCGAGCUUCUGGGGCGUUACGACCGGGAGCCUGGCAGUCCUAGUCCCACCAAGAGCAGGCCGAGAAGGGACCAUCGCGAACGACGCAGUUCAAGAGCACCUGAGUCGGAAUACACACAGACUACGACCACUGCACUCUCUUCAGGCCAACUUGCGCAGCUUGAUAAGCUCAACCGCAAACUUGGUUGGAACGAGUACGAGGGUAUCUCACGACAACAACCCCAGGAUGACGACGAGGUGACGAGAGCAGAGCACGAUGCAGAACGUGAGCGGGAGCGGGAACAGAGAGAAAGAGACCGGGAGAGACGGCGGCAGGAGCAUAGAGAGCGAAAGAGGCGGAGAAGAGAAGAAGAGAGGGUAGCAUUGGCGGCUGAAGGAGGCAGCUUGGCGUAUGAACAUCCAAAAUCCAGGCGGAAGGCCGACAGAGACCAGCGAAGAGUGGCCAGUGGUCAAUAUCUGGAGCGAGGCCGCGGUGCAUCAGCAUACUACAGCGACAAAGACGACUACAGCGACGACAUUAGACGGCGGGUCGGACCUGGAAGCAGCGAUCUCGACUACGACGAAGAUCAGCAACGUAAGAAGAAACGACGAAAGAAGAUAUUCAUCGGUGUAGGUGUAGUAGUUGUACUGCUCGCCAUCAUAAUACCCGUUGCAGUCGUGUUAUCAAACAAAAAUCACUCGUCAAGCUCAUCAUCGAGCGGGGCAGCCGCUGGUGGCGACAACAGCACAGCGCCCUCAAACAGCAAUCUUAAUGGCAUCUCCGAAGACGAUAUACCAAAAGACGUGCAAGGCACAUGGCUGGAUCCAUUCACCUGGUACGAUACAGACGACUUCAAUGUCACCUACACUGCUGCUACUGUUGGUGGUCUUACAGUCAUGGGGCUGAACAGCACCUGGGAUGAUAGCAAGAGAGCAAACGAUAACGUUCCGCCUCUGAACGAACCAUUUCAGUAUGGCACCAUGCCUGUUCGAGGAGUCAACGUUGGAGGCUGGCUGAGCAUCGAGCCUUUCAUCACGCCAUCUUUCUUCUCCGGAUACAGCACGCACGACAACGUUGUGGACGAGUACACUUUGACGCAGAAACUCGGCGCGUCAAACGCCAAGACGACCGUAGAGAAGCACUACUCUUCAUUCGUGUCAGAGUCAACAUUCGCCGAUAUACAGGCCGCCGGCUUUGACCACGUACGGAUACCAUUCUCGUACUGGGCAGUCAUCACCUACGACGGAGACCCGUAUGUAGCCAACAUCUCCUGGAGAUACCUGCUUCGAGGCAUUGAGUGGGCGCGAAAGUAUGGUCUGCGAAUCAACUUGGACCUACAUGGUGCACCUGGCUCGCAGAAUGGGUGGAAUCAUUCUGGUCGACAAGGCACUAUCGGAUGGCUGAACGGCACCGAUGGCGACUUGAAUGGCGAUCGUACCAUUGAUAUCCACAAGCAGCUUUCCACCUUCUUCACCCAGCCACGAUACAAGAACAUCGUCACAAUGUACGGUCUGGUCAACGAGCCCCGCAUGGUGGAGCUUGAUACCAACACAGUCCUCACAUGGACUCAGAAAGCAGUCGAUGCUGUGCAAGGGAACAACUUCACCGGCAUCAUCGUGUUUGGCGACGGCUUCAUGGGCCUCGACAAUUGGCAAGGGAAGCUCCAGAACGACAAGAAUCUGUUGCUGGACGUCCAUCAGUACGUCAUCUUUAACGUCGAGCAGAUUGUUCUGAAUCACCACGACAAGAUCAAUUUCGCCUGCGGUGGUUGGACGGCGCAGGCACAACGGUCGCAAAACAAGGCCACUGGUUUUGGUCCGACACUCUGUGGAGAAUGGUCUCAGGCUGACACUGACUGUGCUGAGUAUCUGAACAACGUUGGGGUAGGUUCACGUUGGGAGGGAACGCUGAACAUGGUAUCGACGCCCGGUGGGAGCAGUGAUGGCAGUGUAUUGACACCCACUUGCCCAACGAAGAACAACCCUCGAUGCUCUUGCGACGGAGCGAACGCUGAUCCUAGCAGCUAUUCAGAUGACUACAAGCAGUGGCUGCUGAUGUUCGCAGAAGCGCAGAUGCACUCCUUUGAGCAAGGUUGGGGUUGGUUCUACUGGACGUGGCAAACGGAGAGUGCAACACAGUGGAGUUACAAAGAUGCAUUGGCGGCCGGAAUCAUGCCCAAGUCAGCUUAUCAGAGGGACUUCAACUGCUCAAGCGACAUACCGCAGUUCAGUAAUUUGCCGGAGAACUACUGA